GAAGACGUCAUCACGUCAAUACGGAAGUGGAAGGACUUUUUACCGCCGGAAUCGGCAUGUAAUGAGCGUUCUCCAGCGGACAAGCAAGGGCCAUCGAAGGGACAGCACAUCCCGAGCGCGCAGCCCGAGGAUUAUUCAGCUGCCCGUGGUUUCAUUCAGCCGCAUAAGGUUUACACUGCCGCCCGUGGUCUAUUCAACCAUCAUCCACACUUCACUGCUAUGGUAUGGAUGGAGGACAUAUGUCUCACAUACACUUAUGUCGUCUAA